CUCUCUUCCCUUUUUCUAAAUUAUGCCACCCAUUCAACAGCUGCAUGAGGCAUUUUUAUCACAACUUCUUUACAACGAACAACCAAUAGACAACACACUUGACACGUCUGUUGAUAAGACCACACUGACUCAAGUUCUUUCUCACUUGGAUGCAAAAUAUACUUCACUUCAAAGCGAGCUUUAUCAGUACGUUCAACAGCAUCUUGACCCGUUUUCGACUUCCUACCAAACCGUACAAGAUAUUACAGCUAAAAGUCGUGAGCUUUGUGCUUCUGUAGAGCAAAGAUAUGAUAGUAUAUCUCAAACACACUCACAAGUGGAGUCGACACAUGAUGAAUACAGUCAAGCUCUUUACAAUGCUCAACUUGGCAAAAGCAAGGUCAACAUCUUGGAGGAUAUUAUUCAGAUUUUGGAAACAUUAGAGUCCGUGCAAGAGAAUACACGACAAUCUCAGUUUAUGAAGGCAGUGGAUCAGCUACAGACCGUAAAGAUGCCUACAAACUUACCCACUAGUACCGCCGAUCUCAUCAAACACAAAGUAAAUCAAGCGAACAACCAUAUUGUCAAUCAACUACAGGAAGCCCUACAUUCCAUUGUUCAUUUUGAAGAAAGAACAGUCAAGGUUACAAAAGGGGAUCUAGAGUGUGUAUUUACCAGUUUCAACAAAUUAGGACGAUUGACUGAGGAGCUUAUGAGCAUAAAACGAAUUGUAUUCAAGCACAUUAUCGACCCUUAUUUUGAAUGUGGAUGCCGGUGUACAGUGGAGAGCAAACAUACUGAUGAGGAAGCUAUUCUGACAAUCGAAAAACUGCUUUACGAGGAAGAAGAAGGUGCCAGCUAUAGAAUUGAUCCAGUGACCAUGAUUGAUCGUAUCAACAACAUGCUGUUAUUUUUCUUUGAGCAUCUAUUCAAUCACAAAAAGAACGAAAUGACCCGACUCUUUGGGUGCCUGUUUCUACCGGAUCUUAUGAACCUUAUGCUAUCAAAAAGUGUUGUACCUGCCGUGCCAUCUUCUCGACAUCAACUUUCAAGCUUUGAUCAUGUCAUGGAAUCCAUUAUUUCGUUUGAGCAAACAUGUCAGCAGUGUGGAUUUGAUCUUUUGGAGAACCCACUGAGAACAUUUGCUGAAAAUAUUGAUAGACACUAUGCCAAAAAGCGAAGAGAGAUCAUACUAAAGGAAGGAAGGAAAGUCAUACUUCGAAAGCUAUAUGAUGCAGAACCAACCCAGAUUGAGUUAGAAGAUGGGCAGGUACAGGAAUUUCAGAUCACACAGUCUCCGCAAUUAUUAUCUGUCUUAAUUUCAGACACUCUAGCGGAAACACUUGAACUUGAGCAGCAGCAUCCUGUUUCAGCAACACAACUUACUGAAGGAGUACAGGAUCUGCUUGAUCUAUACCGUGCGAUUAUGCCUAGCUAUCAUCGACCCCAGUUCCUGUCUAACCCAGCCAGUGCACUUGUAUUUCGAAACGACUGCUUCUGGUUAGCUAAUCAACUCAAAUGGACAGCUCGACGAUACCCAGCUAUCAAGAAUACCCUACAUGAAGCGUUGAAGCGAUUAGAAGAACUAGGCAAAGCCUGGCAUGAACUUUGUAUGAUGCAAUGUAUGGACAAAAUUCAGCGAUGUCUUGACCGUUUUGAUGGAUUUGUGGGGGGCGCGGAGGAUACAAAAGUGCAGCAAGCGUGGGAUCAGACGAUGUCAGAGGUCAUUCAACUUGCUCACUCAUUUGCAGCCACCAUUCGACCUGUAGUCGACAUACGCGUUUUUACAGACAUUCUUGGUCGCGUCAUCGACAGUCUGUUGAAUCGACUGAUAGGAGACAUUGAAGACUUGACGGAUAUAGGAGCAGAAGAAUCACACGUUAUAGCACGUACAUUAAAUAGUGUUGCCCAAUUGGUUGGUGUAUUUGACCACCCGAAGCAUGGGGAGGCUACAGAUUCUUAUGUAAGUCAGCUGGUACCUAACUGGCAAAAGUUUUGGUUGUUGAAGGAUAUCUUGGAAAUGAGUAUGCGAGAGAUUAUGGAUGCCUUCCGACGCGGACAAUUACAUAUGUUUGCCAAAUCAGAGCUUGAACACUUGUUAUGCGCCUUGUUUGCUGAUACAGAAUUAAGGAGAACCAAUAUAGAGGAGAUAAAAUCUGGACAACCACCUGUGAAUUUGUCUGGAAUUGAAACCAUUAUGCACGCUGAACCAACAAAGGCACCAAUUCCAACAACGACAUCAUCCGCGGCUGUAUCAACAAUAAUAGCCCAGGCCCCGGUGCAGACCCUGAUGAACAAAUUGGCAUAUAGCCCUGAUGAUGAAGAAGAGGUAACAACAGGGUGGGAUGAUGACGAUGAUAUAGAAAUACCUGAAGUGGACAAUGAUAAAGAGGGCUGGGAUGAUGAUGAUGAGCUUGACAUACCAGACAUAGAUGAGAACCUUGAGAAAAAGACGGAUGAGAAAAAGGAAAAAAGUAAACCAAUAGAAGAAGAAGAUAUUGAUUUAACAUUAUCAGAUAAAGAAGGAUGGGACGAUGAAGAUUUAUUUAAAGACGAAAAAUAAAAUAAACAAUAGUAUAGGAUACAUAAAAG